AUGGCUCUCAAAAGCCAGCUGUACCAACAAACACGACCUUUCACUAUCCAUCCGUCUGUCCCGUCACACCGCCGCCCGUUCGCGACUCUCAGCAGCGAGCAUUGCGCUUCGACGUCCGCUACCAGCUUCAACACUGCAUCCCGUACCCUCACCAGCGCCGACAGCCAUACCCUUUCCUUUCCGUCUCCCAACAUCUUCACACGCGCGAUGGCUCGUCUCUUCGAGGCGUCUCAGCUGCUGCCUGUGCUGGUGCUGGCUGCUACGGUUGCUCUCCUCGCUUCCGCGCCUGUCGCUGACGGAGUGAACUACGCCAAGAGCGGCCUCGACUGGGAGGGCGUGUGUGCGUCAGGUGAGAGGCAGUCGCCCAUCAACAUAGUCAUGGACGAGGCACGGACCGUGACGGAUGCUGAGAAAUUCCACCUGGACUAUGACACCUCAGCCACCACAGCCACAGUCGUCAACAAGGGGCACACCGUCCAGGUGGUCCCGAAUCCAUCCAACACCUACAUACUCCACAUAGCCAGCGGGACCUACGAGCUGAAGCAGGUGCACGUGCACGCCUUCUCAGAGCACGCAAUCAACGGGCUCUUCGCUCCCAUGGAAGCCCACUUCGUGCACGCACACAUCGACAACCCCUCCCAGCUCGCAGUUGUCGGCAUUAUGCUGAGACUGCAGCGAGACGACCAGGCGAGCCCGUGGGUGGACGCAUGGCUGCCACAGACCCCCUCUGGGCUGAACGCAACGGCUGGGAUUGAUGUUUCCGGGAGUUUCUGGAGGGAGAUGAUGGAUUUGUCCAUGGGGUUCUGGAGGUAUCCCGGCUCGCUCACUACUCCGGGGUGCGAUGAGAUUGUUGAGUGGCACGUGCUGCGCAAGGCCAAGUUCCUCUCUGUGAAUCAGGCUGCCACUUUCAUGAAUCUCAUGGGAACGAUGAACAAGGAGCGCACCAAUAACCGCCUACCAGAGCCACUUCAUGGCAGGGAGCUAUGUUCCCCCACCGUCCUUCCUUGUCGGCGUCACACCCUGCCACACACGCUUCCCCUCGUCGACGUCGCCGUCCCCCACGCUUCCCCCCACCGUCGCCCGCGCUUCUUCCCGCUGUCGAUCACACUUCACUCCGUCGUUGACCACGCUCUUCCUCCCGUCACCCACGCUUCCCCCCACUGUCGCUUACGCUCCCACCCACCGUCGCUUUCACACUUUCCCCCACCGUCGCCCUCGCUUUCCGCCACCGUCGCUCACGCUUUCCCUUACCGCUGCUCACGCUCCCUCCUGCCUUCCCCCACGCUUCCCCACACCGUCGCUCGCGCCCUCCCCCACCUUCCCUCACGCUUCCCCGCACAUCACCCACGCUUUCCCCCACCGUCGCGCUCGCUUCCUCCCACCGUCGCCCACGCUUUCCCCCACCGUCGCGCUCGCUUCCUCCCACCGUCGCCCACGCUUUCCCCCACCGUCGCGCUCGCUUCCUCCCACCGUCGCCCACGCUUUCCCCCACCGUCGCCCACGCUUCAUCUCACCGUCGCCCACGCUUCCUCUCACCGUCGCCCACGCUUUCCCCCACCGUCGCCCACGCUUCCUCUCACAGUCGCCCACGCUUCCCCUCACUGUCGCCCAUGGCAGGUGGUGGUGCGGCUUUGGAGCAGAGUGUUGGGCGCACAGCCAGGGCAGCGCGUGCAGGCGGGCAGCAAGGAGUGCAGUGCUGCAGGGGGCUGUCGUCCUCCUCUCCCUCUCUCUUCCUCCCUUCCUCCAUCUAUCCCACACUCUCUGCCUCACUACCCUCUUUCCCCUUUCUGUUGCCCGUUCUCCCUCCCUUCCUCCCGCCCUCCCUUCCUGCCAUUCUCCCUCUCCUCAUCCUCCCUCGAUCCAGUCCCCCUUUCCCUUUCCAUCUCCCUCUCGCCCACUCCCUUCCUCACGCCAACCCUGCUCCUCCGUUCCACCCAUCCUCUCAUCCGCCCAUCCUCUCAUCCGCCCAUCCUCUCAUCCGCCCAUCCUCUCAUCCGCCCAUCCUCACUCCGUCGCCCUCACUGCCUCCCACUCUCCCUACACUCCCUCCCACCGUCACCCACGCUCCCCCCACACCCUUGUACCCUUCUUUCCUUCUCUCUGAUUCUCCCUUCUCCCCGUUCCUCCCUUAUACCCUGCCACACUUUUACCUCCCUCACUUUCUCCCAUCCGCCCUUCCUCCAAGCCUCCCUCCUCCCUACCACUCUCCCACCCACUCUUUCUUUCAUCCUCCUGCCUCUCCACCCUGCUGCCCUUUUUUUCAAGCUGCCAUCUUCCGAUAUUCCUAUCCUCCGCCUUUCUGUCUGA